CGGCGGGGGCGCUGGUUGCCCGAUUGUCUGGGGCCGGUCAGGAACGCCGGGUUCGGGCCAGAGAGACUCAAGCAGCCCUCUUGGCAUUACCCUGUCUCGCUCCCCAACCCCUCCCCCGCAUCGGGGGAGGCCGCGUGUCCGGCCGAGGGUUGUGGGGCGCGGGGCAGGGCUGGAGCGCCAUGAGCAGCCCGGAUGCGGGGUACGCCAGUGACGACCAGAGCCAGACCCGGAGCACGCUGCCCGCUGUGAUGGCCGGGCUGGGCCCCUGCCCCUGGGCUGAGUCGCUGAGCCCCCUCGGGGACAUGAAGGUGAAGAGCGAGACCGCGGCAAGCAGCGGGGCGCCGGCCGGGGCCGCAGGCCGGGCCAAGGGCGAGUCUCGCAUUCGGCGGCCAAUGAACGCUUUCAUGGUGUGGGCUAAGGACGAGCGCAAGCGCCUGGCGCAGCAGAACCCGGACCUGCACAACGCGGAGUUGAGCAAGAUGCUAGGCAAGUCUUGGAAAGCGCUGACUCUGGCGGAGAAGCGACCCUUUGUGGAGGAGGCCGAGAGGCUGCGCGUGCAGCACAUGCAGGACCACCCCAACUACAAGUACCGGCCGCGGCGGCGCAAGCAAGUGAAACGGCUGAAGCGGGUGGAGAGCGGCUUCCUUCACGGCCUCGCAGAACCCCAGGCGUCUGCGCUGGGCCCAGAGGGCGGCCGCGUGGCCUUGGACGGCCUGGGCCUGCCAUUUCCCGACCAAGGUUUCCCCGCGGGGCCGCCACUGCUGCCCCCGCACAUGGGUGGCCACUACCGCGACUGCCAGGGUCUGGGCGCGCCUCCGCUCGACGGCUACCCGCUGCCCACGCCGGACACGUCCCCCCUGGACGGCGUAGAGCCCGAUCCGGCCUACUUCGCGGCGCCGCUGCCCGGGGACUGUCCGGCGGUCGGCCCCUACAGCUACGCUCAGGCCUCGGACUACGUGGGGCCCCCGGAGCCGCCCGCCGGCUCCUUGCACUCCCGGCUCGGCCCGGAGUCCGCAGGCCCCGCAAUGUCGGGCCUCCUGGCGCCCCCCAGCGCCCUGAACAUGUACUACGGCGCGAUGGGCUCGCCAGCGGCCGGCGGCGGGCGCGGCUUCCAGUUGCAGGCGCAGCAGCACCCGUCCGGCCCGGGGCAGCCGUCUCCCCCUCCCGAGGCGAUGCCCUGCCGGGAUGGCACGGACCCGAGCCAGCCCGCCGAGCUCCUCGGGGAAAUGGACCGCACGGAAUUUGAACAGUAUCUGCACUUUGUGUGCAAGCCCGAGAUGGGUCUCCCUUACCAGGGACAUGACUCGAGUGUAAAUCUCCCUGAUAGCCACGGGGCCAUUUCCUCCGUGGUGUCCGAUGCCAGCUCUGCGGUAUAUUACUGCAACUAUCCUGACGUUUGACAGGUCCCCGAUCCAACCCAGCCUGCAGGCCAGAAGCACAAACAGUGUUACACACUUCCUGGAAGAGCUAAGGAAAUCCCUAGCCUCACGUUGUUUUGUUUUGUUUUUAAGUUGCCUUGGCAUAUAAUUUAUGGUAAUUUAUUUUGUCUGCCACUUGAACAGUUGGGGGGAGGAAAAUCUGAAGUUGUGUUUUAAGAUUUGUUCAGAUACUUGUUUCCCACAGUGUCGUUGUUAAAACCCCAUAUCCAACUCCACGUUUACCAGUUUUGAAUGUCCAGAACAACUCUCUCCAUUUGUUGAAAAUUUAUUGAUCAAAGAAAUUUUGUCUCUGGUAUGUUUUCUCAAUCUUUAAAAAAAUAAAAUCUGGAAUCCUAUCUUUUUACUCU